AUGGGCGAUAACGACUUCGAAUAUUUGCCUGCUGACAUCGAAAAUUUAUCGAGUCUACAAAUACUGGUGCUUCGUGAAAAUGAUUUACUCGCUCUGCCUAAAGAAAUCGGCAGAUUGUACCGCUUAAAAGAACUUCAUGUACAGGGAAAUCGAUUGACCGUCUUGCCUCCGGAAAUCGCUGGACUGGACCUUAUUGGUCCAAAACAAAUUCUUCGGCUUGAAAAUAACCCAUGGGUACAACCAUUGGCUGAAGCUUUAGCAAGAGGCCAUAAGCCGCUGUGGGAUUAUUUACGGUCUGAUUCGUAUAAAUACCAAUAUGGACGCCAAGAAUCGGGAAUCAAUCAAGCGCCACCAAAAGCUCGAAAUAAGGAUAAAAAAAUUAGUAGGCAAAAAGUGAAACAAGGAUGCUAG